UGAUAGUCGGUAGAGCAGAGACGUGUUCUAAUUAUUUUUGAGGUUACUAAAUCCAGAAAGUGAAUUUCCAGAUCUGGAGAAUUUAAUUUUGAAUUUUCGGUGGUUUUUUGGAAUUCCUGGGAGCAUCCUGGUGUCAUACAAAUUAUUGUGACGAUGGGCACAUUAUCCUUGAAACAAACGCUAUCAGAUCACCAGGGAAGAGUGUGGAAUGUUUCUUGGCAUCCGGUGAAAUUGAUGUUGGCAUCGUGCGGUGAAGAUAAAAAAAUUCGUAUUUACUUGCACGAGGGUGGUAAAUACGUCAUGAAGCUCAUCCUCGCGGAGGGACACACCCGGACAAUCCGUGAAGUAUCGUGGUCACCGUGUGGCCAAUACCUAGCAUCCGCGUCUUUCGACGCAACAAUUGCUAUUUGGGAGAAUAAAGGAAAUAAAUUUGAAUGCUCAGCUACUCUCGAGGGUCACGAGAAUGAAGUCAAGAGUGUCGAUUGGUCGUGGAGUGGUCACUUACUUGCAAGUUGUAGUCGAGAUAAAUCGGUUUGGGUUUGGGAGUGUUUUAAUGAUGAAUAUGAGUGUGAUGCUGUGCUUAGUGAACAUGCACAAGAUGUCAAAAAGGUUCGAUGGCAUCCGCAUGAGGAUACCCUGGCAUCAGCAUCAUACGACGACACCGUAAAGAUCUUCCAGGAUUGCACAGAUGUCUCGGAAUGGAAGUGUGUUGCAACCCUCUCCUCCCACACCUCCACCGUCUGGAGUCUCUCGUUCGAUGAGUCGGGAUCGAGACUCGUCACCUGCAGCGACGACAAAACCCUGAAGAUCUGGCAGCAGUACCAGCCUAAGAAUAUCCCGGGAAUUCCAACGCCGAAUGAUGUCGCCGUCUGGAAGAAUGUCUGCACCCUGUCUGGGUAUCACACCAGGACAAUCUACGACGUCGACUGGUGCAAGAAAACUGGACUCAUCGCCACUGCCUGCGGGGACAACACCAUCAGGAUCUUCAGGGAGGAAAACGACUCUGAUAUCAAUCAGCCUAAUUUCUCGAUGGUUUCUGCCACUGAAAAUGCCCAUUCCUCCGACGUCAAUGCUGUCAGAUGGUCCCCAAAAAAUCCUGGGGAACUCGCAAGCGCUGGGGAUGACUCCAAAGUCAACAUCUGGUUCUACAGCGACUGAUUUUAUUUUUUUUCUUCUCAGUUUUCGUACAGAAUUCACCGAAUUCUCAAUAAAUAUUUAAAAAAAAACA